UCGUACUUGCAGCCGUCGUCAGCCCCGGACGGACGGACGGACGGACGGACGGACGGAGCUCCGCGCAGCCCCGCUGAGAUGAUGGCUGGCGGCUCUUGCGCUCGCCGGUUGGCCCGCCGGUCCCGGUCCGUGCUGAUCGCCGCGCUCACCGUGCUGCUGCUGCAGACACUCAUCGUCUGGAACUUCAGCAGCCUCGACUCCGGAGAAGACACACAAAACGGAUCGAGCUUGAGGGAGAAGAGAGACCGGGUGGCGGGCGACGCAGCCGGUGGCGGCGACAGUUCGCACCGGCGGCGGCAGCAGCAUCUUCCACCGGCCGGGAGGAUGGCGAGCCGACACCUCCAGCAGCCGGAUGGAUUCUACUCCCACCGGCCGAAGGAGAAAAGCAGAGUGGACAGCAACAACGAGAACUCUGUGUCCAAAGACUUUGAGAACAUCGACAACAGUAACUUUGGUGCGCGGUCUCAGCCGCAUCGUCAGUCUGUAGGAGCUACAAGCAGCAAGCGGCAGCGUGAGCAUCUCCAGGAGAAGGCCCACUCCCAGCAACAGGCCUGGAAGGACAGCCCCCAAAGUCUGGGCCGCAACUCCAACGAGGUCCUGCCUGUCGGUCACCGGGCUCUGGCUUUUGGCAACAACGCCUCGUACACAGGCGGUCAGGGUGUGGCAGCGGGGCCGUGGCAGCAUUACUCUGUCUCACAGAUCCAGCAGGCCCAGUCACAGCACAGACAUCAGCACCCACAUAAGAGGCAGGCGACUAUGGCGCCGGCCGAGGUGACGUACGAUCAGCCGCCCAAGUGUGAGAUCGGUGGGAAGGAAGCCAUUUCAGCUCUGUCCAGAGCAAAGAGCAAGGAGUGCCGCCAACAGAUCGCCGAGGUGUACUGCAGACACAAGGAAGGCCAGUUAAUGCCUGAUAAGGUCACUCGUUACUGCCCCCUAGAGGGUAAAGCCAACACCAACGUCCAGUGGGAGGAGGAUUCUGCAGAAAACUUUCAACCAAAACCAGUCAGAAUCGCGUUUGUCCUGGUGGUGCAUGGACGAGCCUCACGACAGCUCCAGCGCCUCUUCAAAGCCAUCUACCACACCUCACACUACUAUUACAUACACGUCGAUCAGCGCUCCAACUACCUGCACAGGCGGGUGCAGGCUUUGGCGGCUCAGUACAACAAUGUGAGGGUGACACCCUGGCGCAUGGCCACCAUCUGGGGCGGUGCCAGCUUGCUAACCAUGUACCUUCGGAGCAUGGCCGACCUUCUGGCCAUGAGGGACUGGAACUGGGACUUCUUCAUUAACCUCAGUGCUGCUGACUACCCCAUCAGGACCAAUAACCAGCUGGUGGCCUUCCUGUCCAAAUACAGAGACAUGAACUUCAUUAAGUCCCACGGCAGGGACAAUGCCAGGUUUAUCCGCAAGCAGGGUCUCGAUCGCCUGUUCUAUGAGUGUGACACCCACAUGUGGAGGCUGGGGGACCGCAAGAUCCCAGAAGGCAUUUCUGUGGACGGCGGGUCCGACUGGUUCCUUCUCAACCGUAUGUUUGUGGAAUAUGUCAUCAACUCCAGGGACGACCUGGUCACCAGCAUGAAGCGGUUCUACGCCUACACGCUGCUGCCCGCUGAGUCAUUCUUCCACACAGUGUUGGAGAACAGCGCCCACUGCGAGAGCAUGGUGGACAACAACCUGCGCAUCACCAACUGGAACAGGAAGCUGGGCUGUAAGUGCCAGUACAAGCACAUCGUGGACUGGUGCGGCUGCUCCCCCAAUGACUUCAAGCCUGCAGACUUCCACCGCUUCCAGCAAACGGUGCGUCCCACCUUCUUUGCCAGGAAGUUUGAAGCCAGCGUGAACCAGGAGAUAGUCAACCAGCUGGACGCCUACCUGUUUGGAGCCUUUCCCCCAGGAACGCCGGGCCUGCAGGCGUACUGGGAGAACAUGUACGAUGAGCACGAUGGCGUGGCCAGUCUGUCCGACACGCAGCUCACGUACUACCACGCCUUCUCACGGCUGGGCUUGGCCAGGGCCGCCGCCUCCCUGCAGGGAAACCCAAAGGACCACAGCUGCAGGUAUUUCCCCAUGGGCCACCCGGUGUCGGUGCAUCUCUACUUCCAGGCCGACCAGUUCCAGGGCUACCUGAUCAAGCACCAUGCCACAAACCUGGCAACUAGCAAGCUGGAGACCAUGGAGACGUGGGUGGCACCCAAGAGAACCUUCAAGAUGAGCUCUCCUCCCAGCGGCACCUUCAGCAGACUGCAGUUCGCCGAGAUUGGCACGGACUGGGACGCUAAAGAGCGAAUGUUCCGAAACUUUGGCGGUCUGAUGGGGCCCAUGGAUGAAACAGUGGGCAUGCAGAAGUGGAGUAAGGGCCCAAACAUCACCAUCACAGUUGUGUGGAUCGACCCCACCAACGUCAUCGCCGCCACCUACGACAUUCUGAUUGAUACCGGCGCCGAGUUCACUCACUACCGGCCCCCGUUGAAGCAGCCUCUGCGGCCGGGCGUGUGGAGCGUCCGAAUCCUGCACCACUGGAAUCCUGUGGCCGAGAUGCACUUCCUUGUUGCGCCGCUGGCCUACAUUAAACACCAGCCCAUACGACAAGAGGAUGCACUGAAGCUCCACAACGGACCGGCAAAGAACAGCUACAUGGAGCAGAGUUUCCACGGAUUGAACCCGGUGCUCAACAUUCCCGUGAACCUCGUUUACGUGGAGCAGGCCAAGAGGAACGCGGCCCUGACUGGCCCUGAGCUGGAACACUGGCUGGACAGUCUGGUGGGGGAACUGUGGGAGGUGGCUGACGUCUGUGCCGUCGGCCUGACCGCCUGUCCCGUCAUGCAGGCCUGUCCCAAGAACCCCUGGAGCUCCCUGAGCCCAGAUCCCAAGUCUCAUCUGGAAGCCCCACGAGCCGACGGGCACAUCAGGUAGCAUCACGGCCUGCAGCUGGAGAUUCACUGUCGAUUUUUAUUUAUUUCAGGUGAGGAAGUGGGUAAAGCUCUUCCUGUCUGGGGAGAAGUCUUUUUGUGAAAGUGAGGCGAACGAGCUUAGACCCUCCCGCGAGGUUCCUACUUGUAGAGGAUUUUCCCGUUUUGUUUGUCGGUGUAUUUAUUCUCUUUGUCACGGUUGACUGUGAUCAAACAUUGCAAUCUGGAGUAUUUAUGUUCCUGCUGAAUAAAUAAGGACGUGGGCUCUUAAAGCUCACUGCUGUAGUUCACGUGGCCUGCAGCAGGCGCUCUGGCCCAAAAAUGCUGCAGGAGAAAGACAAAGGAGGUCACCUGGUCCUGAUUUAACCUCCUACGGUUCAACAAGGGCAACAAGCGCUCAGACGCACCCACACUUCAGAAAAGAUCAUUUUCAAAUGAAUGAGUGAAUUUUCCAGCCUAUAUGAAGGAUUUAUCGCUGACUCUGGCAGUUCAGAGACUCUGUCUGCAAAUGAGUCGAGUAAAUCAGUAACUGCAGCACAUCUUGUUCCAUUUGAGUGCCUGAAAUCAGGUGGAUGGAACCAUUUGUGACAGCACCGACCAUCUGCUGCUGUAACAUUCCUGAAAUCUGGAAGUAAACAAAUGCAAAUGUGGAGGCCUUUUCAAAUAAAAUAAGCAAAAUAAAAUAAACUGUGUGGAAAGUUUAAAUUUAAUGAGA